CCGUAGUGGUCCACCCUGGUCAUACAGGACUGGAUCAGCAGAGUCUUAUAACGACAGCUUUGGUUAGUUAUGUGUUAGCGGGAAAAGGAUUGAAGACCUUGGAGAUCAUCAAGGUCUUGCUCCUGAAUGUGGACUUAUUUUGGAUACAAUUUAAGUGAAAUUGUGCUGUUCUUUAUCACCUGGACAUGCUGAUAUGUCAAGUGUUUUAGUUAACAUUUGUGUAACAGGGAUAUUAUAACAAGUUUAACCACUUGAAGGAGCAGAAGGUGAUCUUGGAGAAGUAGGAUAACUUGUAGAAGGUGUCAGCUUAGUUUUACGUGCUAAUUAUGCUAAUUAUCCACUAAAGACUGAUCAAGGCUAUAAUUAUUACACAUCAAUGUCAAUUUAUGCGACGGUCCAGGUGGAUUAGUGACAGGGAUUAAUAAUUUAUCCUCUAGCUUACAUUGAAAUCAACACAAUAGUCCAUUGAAAUUGAUAUCUGAUGUAGAAAAAAUUUCAGUAGACACUUUGGUAUAUUGACAGUGACAAUAGCACGUGGUCUAGAUAUUGUGACACUUACUUAUUGAUUUUAAAAGUGAAGAGUCAUUCAAGAAGCCAAACAUUUGCAGGUAAGAAUGUGAAUGCUUGUUCAAAGCUUACCUGAGUUCCGACGGACCUUAGACUUCUCACGUGGUGUUAAUGUUGUUCAAUUACUACAUCAAUUAAAAAGUGUUCUAAAUCAAAACUAAGUGCUUCAAGACUUGAACUAGAGUGUACUCAAUAAUUAAGUGUAACUGUUGGAUUUUAUUAUUGAAUACUCCAAAAGAAAUGAUAUUAAUUUAACUGUCAAACAGGUUGACAAUAAGUGUAUUUAAGUAUUUGUUUUUAUCAAUGCCAGUGAGGAAUAGUUCCCGGGAAUAACGAAUCCCGUGGGACUUGAUCAAGAUAGUCAAGUUGGUGCCGAACAUGGUUUUAGAACCAGGAGGUGGGUUGUCAUUCCCACCGCCUCCUGGUGGAGGAUCAGCUGGAACAGGAGGAUCAAUUUUAUCUCCAGCAAGAUUAUUUCAUCGAGUACCACCAGUGCUUCCAUUCCCUAUACCAGGAUGGCCAUCUCACCAUUCUGUACUUGGCAAUGUCCCAAGUCAAGUACAACAAACAAUGCAAGUUCAACAUCAAGCUGCUGCAGCAGCAGUCAGAUUUCUCAGCCAUCAUCAUUCUCAUUCUCAUCCGGUAUUAAGUAAUCACCCAUUGGUAUCUGGAAUAACAGCUCAUCAUCCUGGCACCCACCAUCUUCAUCAUACUGGAGAUCAUUCGGUUGACGACGACGAUAAAAAAGUUUGUGAUGAUGAAUCUGAUGAGAGUGGCAGUAAAAGGAGAAGAAGUCGGACGAAUUUCAAUAGUUGGCAACUUGAAGAACUUGAACGUGCAUUUUUGGCGAGCCAUUAUCCUGACGUUUUUAUGCGAGAGGCGUUGGCUGUGAGACUGGACUUGAAAGAAAGCCGAGUGGCUGUAUGGUUUCAAAAUAGAAGAGCCAAGUGGAGGAAAAAAGAACACACAAAAAAGGGACCAGGAAGGCCGGCACACAAUGCACAUCCACAGAGCUGCAGUGGAGAGCCAAUUCCACCGGAAGAAUUGAGGAGGAAAGAACGAGAGAGGAGACAAAAGAAGUUGCUAAAAACUCUGGAACGACAGCAAAGAAAACUUGCGGCAAAGGGCAUCACUGUCGACUUAUCAACACUCAAAGCUGAGUGGGAGUCUAGAAGUGCCGCAAAUGCAAGUGGAAAUCCUCUCAAUGGUCACCUGAGUGGAUCCUUUGGCCAGUUAGGAAGUUUGAACGAAGGCAGCAGUGUGUCGGGUUCGGGUAAUGAUGCAAAUGAAGAGAUUGAUGUCGUAGGAGGACUAGAUUCGUGUAGUGAGAGUGAGAGUGAACGAGUAGAUUCAGCAGCAGAUGGAUCUAUUGAUGGAGAAAGCUAUCCAAGACUAACGAUAGAACAAACAGAAUCAGGAAGAGCACCACAUCAAUCACAUGAUCACCAAAGGCCCAAUGGACCUUUAAAUUUAAAUCUAGACUUGAAUCAUCAGCAAGGAAUUCGCCAUUGGGGUCUAAGCCUGUUGGAACGACGGAGGGAGUUGGUGAGUCUCAGUAAUAACGUGGCUCGUCGAUCUUCUGAAAGUCCUCGGGGUCUUGGCCGCUCUCAAAUGGACCGCAAUGAUGAUGAAGUCCAGAGUGGAAGCAUUGACUUGUCGGUAAAAGGUAGAGAAGAACGACGACGACUGAACCCUUUUUCUAUUGAUAGUUUGUUGGGAAAUACACGAGCCAACACUCCUAAAUGUGAUCCAACUCGUGCAUCAACUCCAUCAACGUUAUCUAAUGGUAGACAGUCAAUUUCUCCAACGUCACCAAUAUCCGUUCCCACUUCGCCUUCCACGACGUAGUCCCGUUGGAGGCAGACACUGAUUGGAGACUGAAUAUACUCACUGAUUGACGAUUUGUUUGUAUGAGAAUUAAUAUCAUCAAUUGACAUAUCUUUCUAUUGUACAUGAUAGAGGUUGAGAUCAUUGAGUUUUGAAUGCAAUGUUAUCCAUUACAAUCUCACCAAUCAAUUCGUCAGUCAGCCAUCGACGUAAAUAUUAUAAAGUGUGCAAUAAGAGAGAAUGGAAGAGAGAGAAUGAGUGAAUCGUGAAAUUAAAUAGAAUAUAAAUAACAGAAUGAAUAAAAUUAAGAUGAAAGUCUUUGAUUGUAAUGAGAUUGUGAAUUGUAUUUAUAAUGUAAAUAGUGAUUUAAUUAAUUUAAUUUCUGUUGGCGAAUAUGCAUAGUGCAUGAGUCGAUUGAUUGCAUUGAGAAAAAUAAUCAUUUUCAAAAGAGGAAUAAAUAAUUAAUUCAUUAACUUCUUUUGAAAAGAAAAAUCAUCUUUUUUAUUUGAAUACAUUCCAGUGUAUUUAUGACUUUA